UCAUGUGGCCCUGACAGUGUUCCUUUGCCUACAAGGUGGUAACAAUUUGUGACUACCCUUAGAAAGAGCUGUUUAAAGCAAAGUGAUGUUAGAGCCAAUGAACAUUUUAACCCCUCUAUCUGCUUCCCAGUCACUCCAGGAACACUGCAGUCAGGAUGGCUAUACAACAGGGCUAUAUAAAAAGGGUAAUGGAAACAACUAUGCAGUUAACUGCUUCCCUGCCAGGAACAUUUUGCAUGUGAGUAAGGAAGGUGACACUUGGAGUACUGCUGGCAAAGUUGCCCUGCAGAAAAAUGUCAUGACUAUGGGGUUCAUCAUUGUGCCGGGGUCUGGGCACUGGAUUCUGACAUGCAGAGCUACUCCAGAGGCUCUGACUGAGAAAGGGACUACCAGGAAAACACCACAGCAGAGGAGAAAGCCCCCAGAGUCUGCUUCCUUGGAAUAAAAUACUGAAGACAAUGUCCUAGAUAAGCUACUUCUGGACAAAGAGGAUGAUUUUGGGAAGUUUGAUUGUAUUGCUGUUAUAAAGGCUGCUGAGAACCUGCUGACACUAGAGCCAUUUUGGAAGUUUUCAGGACUGUGGGAACUGGAACUUUCCUUGAAUAGACUAAGAGAUCUGGAAAUCACUGCUAGAGAUUUCCUGCAUUUGGAAAUAGGUUGGGAAGGAUCUGAUCUCUCCUACAACGAUUUAUCCCCUGAGGAUAUCUGGACUCUGUUCCAGCUCAAGAUCCUUCACUUGACAGGAGCUUUGGACAGGCUUUGGUCCCUGCCUCUGGACCUGGCAGGUUCAUGGGACUCUGCUUGUUUAAGGUUUCCGGCUCUGGAGGUCUUGUCACUGGAUGACAGUCAUCUGUCACACCCCAGCACCUUUGUGAGCCUGUCUUGUCUCUGCUGUACUGCAAAUGGGACCGAAUGGAAGCAAACAGUCUUCUGCAAAGCACAAGCUGGCCAAACCUGGUGGGUGGCUGAUUUCCAGGUCCGAUUUGAGAAAUGGCAAUUGCUUUCUCCAUUUUCCCUUCUUUGCCUCAGAUUCAUUGUUAUUCCAGUGCAGCAGGACAAGGAAAGCUGUGGAUCAGCUCCCUCUAAGGUAAUUUUUAAUUACGGCUCUCAGGAACACCCAUUGCUGGUAAUCUCCAGGGAAAGAGAUCCAUCUGCCUUUAAGUCUCUGCCAGCUCCUUCCACAUGCAGGGAUGUUUGUGCCCCCUUUUCUGACCUGAAGCAUUAUAGCCUGGCCUUCGACAAGAUUGCAGAUGAGGCAGGUCUCUUACCUGUGGCUUUCUUUAUGUGCCUGAAGGAGCUGACAUUUCACACUACCCUCUCGGCACCUCCCAGAACAAAGCUGCCUCUGCUGACCCAGUUCCUCCAGCACAGUCUGGGGAUUAAACUUGUCUGACAGAAGAGCCUAGCCACAGAGAGGUGGCCCCUCUCCAUCCCUCUCAAAGCCACCUGCAGGGUAACAUCACAUCUCCCUGAAGUCACAAAGCAGCUGCUGAUUCUGGAAACUCUCCAGACCUUUCUGUGGAAACCGCUCCCAGCUGCAGUGAAUGUAAGAGAUAUUGCAGCUCUGCGUCUGGUCCAGCUGCUGCCCACCAUCAGACCUGGGACCCCUGCUGGACAGCUGAGGGAGGUGAAAAGUGACUCCAGGCCUCCUCCUGGCCCACCUGAGGAGGACAUUGCGUCCUUCUUCUUGAUGCAGGUGAGGCCAGCGGCGGAUGCAUCCAGACCCUGGCUGAGACCCAUGGCAGAGGGCAGGCUGGAGAAGAGUGAGUAGAGGCAGGAAGGAAGCUCCCAACUGGUUCCAGAGUGAUACAAAGGCUAUGAGGAGCUUCUCAGUGGGGACAAAGACCUGCAUUUUAUUGAACCAGCUGGAAUACAGAAGAAUGUGCAGGUGCUGUACUAUAUCCUGAAACACCCCUUGCUUUACCAGGACACCAAACCACAGCUGGACAGUAUAAAGCCCUCCUGGUCUUCCUUGCACCAUGGGAGGAUGCCUGGCCCUUGUGCCCAAACAACAAAAGCAGAGGUCCUGGAAGGGAUCCUUAUGGCUAUAAGAAACACAUCCACCAUCACCGAAGUUCCCUUAGUGUCUGUUUUUUAAAGGAGGAAAUCCAGCCCCAGGGCAUACUGGGAAGCAUGAAGGCUGAUGGAGGAAUUCCAGGAGGUGUUUGAAAUCCCUGUGCAACCUUCAGUGAGAUUGCCAGGUCACUGCAGCUGCAGCUGCCAGGGAAGAGAGUGGCCAUGAGUCUACUCAAAGUUUAGUCUGCAGUAUAUCCAGGGGCUGAGUGGGGCAUCCCACACUUUGGUCCACCUAGAUAAAAUGUACGUUAUUUUGUAACUUGUUUGGAGCCAUUUUUCCCUGCUGAGGUUGGAAAAUUCAGUGUGGUGACAAGAUUAAUCUCCAGCUUUCAGGCAAUGACUUCCAGCUUGGAAGCAUGGAUGCAGCCACAACGCUGCCGUGACAGCACAUGAAAACCAUGCCUGCUGACUGAUGGGCUCUGCGCUUCCUGGAAAACACAGUAUGCUCACCCAUCACUGUGCAAAAACUGACUUGUAAGAAAAACUGCUGUACCCUCUGGGCAUGCAGGGAGGUUCUGGCCAGCAACGAACAGGGCAGAGAGUGCUGUGGCUGCUCCUUCCCGCUAUGAGCAUGGCUCAUGACGGGGCUCUGCCUGCGCUGACUGGUUGUACGAGGAGGACUCAUGGGUGAGCAGCAACACUGCCUCCACUAAUGGAGUGCCAAGCUAAUACAAGCUCCCUGGUUCUCUCAGCGCUCACCUCCUAUCCCAGUGUUGGUCUGUGCCACAGCCAAAUGCUGUGGAAAAUCUGCUUCACACCAGGGCGGUGCUGCUCAGGGAAGCCCUGAGCACGGAGCCUCAUCCUGCCACAGGUACAUGCCUGACCAGCUGGACCUGAAUGUGCUCAGGGAGCUGAGCGGGGCACAAAACAGUUAUUAACCCUCCAUAUCCAUCCCCCUGUUUGGCUCCCCUAAAAACCAGCUGCCUCAAUGCAACCACAGGGGUUGGGACCAAGUGAUGGAGAGCAAUGGAGAAUGUUCACUCCACACGGGCUUUUUACCUACAUGAAAAAUGUCAAUAUACUCACCUUCACGUUCUUUUUCCAUGCAAAACAUUACUCGGCAACCUCAAUCAGCCAAGCGCAACUGUAACUCAUUCAACACAGGCAGCAGUAAGAUCCUGCUUGUUCCCAAGCGCAGCAACUUCAGCAGAAACAGGUCAGAACUGUAAGAACACUGUCAGAACCUGAUUUUAUUCUGUUUUAACCUUGGCCUUUGUCCUGCAGUUAAAGUCCUUCUUGCUGUUAAAAUGUACACGUUAUUUGUACACAGUUGGCAUAUUUCUGGUUUGUGACAGUUUUUUCACAAGCAGGUAUUACUCUGUUCCAAAUAGCAGAAGCCACAACAUGACAGACAUCUGCAUGUCAUUUUACCCACACGUUUUACACAUGCAAGUUGAGUUCUUCAGCAACUUCCAUUGCUUUUUAAAACAUUCGGAUGAAGUCAUGGUGGUUCAGCUGAGA